AUGGAUUAUAAUGUGGUCCACGCACCUGGUCCUUAUACUAUCCGGAUCCAAGGUCAAACCCACCACAGAAUUGACUCGCUCAUACCACGACAAGGCUGUCCCCCGGAAUAUCUCAAGCUUUACAUAUUUGACACAGCCAACGAACUCAGAAACCGCCUAAAUGCAAUGGGGCAAACUUCAGCAGAAGGUAAUCUCGACGAGCCAACAUUAGCUCUCCUCAUCGAGAUGAUUGACGAGAAUAAUUGUCUAGCUAAGAUAUUUUGUCGUGCACGAGACCACUACGAAAACGUCGGGUCAGAGUUUUUUAUUAGGUUAGUCCCAGAUAAAGGGAACGGGAAAGAAUACGAUCUUCCAAGUACAAGCGAGGGGGCAGGUCUUAUCGUGGGGGAUAUAACAUCAACAAUUGGAGAACGAGAUAUAGUGGUCCAGUUUCGAUCUGACACUUUGCAGCAGAUACGUGACGAUCACCCUCUAUAUAUGAGCCUCCAAUACCCUUUUUGUUUCCGUAUGGUGAAUAUGGGUUUCACCCUGAAAUUCCCCUGCAUCUUGAGACAGGUACUUCAAAAACGAGCAAUUGGAGAAGAUCGACUGAGGUGGGCGAGAAAUAACCAAGAGAUCUUGCGGGCUGAGCUCUACAGCAAUGUCCUUGAUGCUGUAAGCAAAGGUGACACUGAUGCUAAAAUUAUUGGGCAGAGAUUUAUACUGCCGCCAAGUUUCACCGGAGGCCCCUGGGAAUUUGGCAAUCCAGAUUUGUUUAUCACGAUGACGGCCAAUCUCAACUGGAGCGAGAUUAAAGAACAUCUUCAGAAAUACGGUGGUGAUUCUCCUAAUGAUAGACCAGACAUUGAAUGUCGGGUUUUUAAGUUGAAGCUAGACCAACUGCUAAAGGAUUUCAAAGCAGGAACUUUCUUCAAGCCAUACAAGGCAGCUCUCCACCUAAAGGCUGGAGCUGUACUAGACAACACUUUUGUCGUACCUCAUAACAUUAAGCUUCUGAAGAAGUACGAAGCUCAUAUCAACGUUGAAUGGUGUAAUCGUACAAGCGCGGUGAAAUACUUAUUCAAGUACAUAACAAAGGGUGUUGAUCGAGCAACCGCUGUUAUCGAGAAAGGAAAUACAACAACUACAUCUGACGCCACGGGAUCCGGAGGAUCAAAGGAGAAAGUCGUCAGCCAGCGCAAUGAGAUCCAAGACUACAUCGAAGCCCGAUAUUUAUCAGCUUGUGACUCUAUGUGGCGGACUUUUGCAUUCCACAUACACAAAAGAAAGCCAUCAGUUGAGAAGCUUAUCAUUCACUUAGAAGGCGAACAUAAUAUUACGGUUAAAUCAACAGACAACCUCGGCCGUGUAAUCCGCAAACCGGGUAUCGAGAAGACGAUGUUCACGGAAUGGAUGGUUUUAUGCAGAAGGUCAGCGUUUGCCCGGACACUGACAUAUGUGCAGAUUCCUCAAUAUUUUGUCUGGAACAACAGUGCUAAGGUGUGGACUGAACGUAAGAAAGGAAAAUCCAUUGGCCGAGUCGUAGCUGUCCAUCCUUUAGCAGGUGAUCGAUACUAUCUGAGGGUCCUUAUUAAUAAAAUUGAGGGUCCUAAAAGUUACGACGAGCUAAAAACAUACAACAACGUGAAAUACCCUGACUUCAAAUCAGUUUGCCACGCACGACGCCUUUUGGACGAUGAUGUUGAAUGGCUCGAGAGUAUGUCAGAGGGUGCUCGAACAGCCACUCCAUACCAGCUUCGUGAUAUGUUCGUCACAUUCCUAAUCAAUUGCUUCGUCGCAAGCUCUAGAGGACUAUGGGAACACUCAUGGAAAUCAAUGAGCGAGGACAUACUUCACAAGAGGCAAAGGAUCUUGGGUCACGCAAAUCUGGAGCUGGACGAUAAGACCCUAGAGCAAAACACAUUGAUAGAAGUAGAAAAGUUGAUGCGCAUGCAAGAUCGGUCUUUAAAUGAUAUUAAAGAUAUGCCGAAGAUCAACCCUGUUUUGCUCAAAGAAUUGGGGAACAGUCUGUGGAACCAAGAAAUGGAUUACGAUCUUGUUGAGGAAACACUAAGACAUGGCUAG